AUGACCGCCAUGUCGACAAAAAUGUCAGCUGAAGAUGUAAUUACAUAUCUAUCCAACCCUCCAGAGCACCUAAUAGGGCCAGUGGUCACUAUCAAGGAGCCGGCCAAGUUAUCAACCCUGACCCAUUCUGGUACAUCAUCUCUUGGCCGUCUAGACUCUCUAUCGCUUGAAGUUUUGCACAUGAUCUUACAUUAUUUGGACAUUCGGACCCUCUCUCGCGUCUCGCGUGUCUCCCAUCGGGGGAGGGCUACGGUUGAAUCCCUACCAAUAUACCGUGCUCUCAUGAAAUAUAUACCAGAUGUACUUAAAGCGCUCGGCCAAUGCAGGCACCUACAUUUCUAUACUGCGAGAAUGCUCCUCGACCUUUUAAGGACAGAAUGUUGUGAAAAAUGCGGAAAAUUCGGUCCCUAUCUGUUCCUUUUUACAGGUGAACGAUGCUGCAAUGAGUGUCUAGUGUUUGACAAAUAUUUCAGGAUGAUUACAUUCCCAAAGGCUGAAUCGAACUUCAACCUCGACCCAGGGGAACUUGGACAACUUGCCUCUUUGAAAACUAUCCCUGGCGUUUAUAGAACGCAUAUGGUGAGAAAGUCACGACAACGGUUGAAACUUCUUCACAGGGACGAAGUAUCUCAACUUGUGAAAGCUAAGGAGAAAGAGCGUCUUAGGGCUCGGUUAGAGGAAGAGGAAAGAAUGCGGGAUGCCGGCCUCGAAAUAGACAGAGUCUGUACACUUUAUUUAUCUUCCGAUUCGCUGGAUUUGGACGAGGAAGGAGGGCCGAAAGAGAUCCCUGAAUUCGCCGGAACGGGAGUAAUAAACUUACCACAUCUGAAGCCUGACAAUACUUCUGAAUACGGCCAUUGUUGCAAAGGGUGUGAGUGGGCACGCUUGCGAUAUUACUCCAAUCGCACGAUAGUUGAUGUAAGGCUUUUGGAAACUCCGAGGUACAAACUGCGCUCUCUGCUUUGGCGGAGAAGCUUACGCGCUUGGCCGAAGGGUGAGUUUCUGAAGCACGCUGAAGAGUGUGCUGGGGCGCAGCAAUUGCUCUUCCAAUGGUACCGGCGCCGCAGGGCCAGAAGAAUGAUUUGA